AUGAUUAAAUUAUACUCAUUCAUAUUGGUUGCAACAAUAAUAGCACUGAAAGCAGGCGUGUUUGGUCAAAAAUCAAUUAACUGGUCUGGUUAUACGUGGUACCUCAAGGAUGCUAUUUCACAAGGUCCCGGUCCCAAUCGUUGGUCAUCCGAUAAUGUCUGGUUAGAUUCACAAAAUAACUUACAUUUAAAAAUUGUCUAUUCAAACGGCAUUUGGUCGUGUGCCGAAUUAUAUACGACAGAAAAAUUUGGUUUUGGCACGUACCAAUGGUUUGUCGAAGGUCAAAUCGAUAAAUUUGAUCCGAACAUUGUGUUAGGAUUUUUCACGUAUGGCGGCACCGAUCAAGAGAAUGAAAUCGAUAUUGAAAUGGCUAAAUGGGGACAAACAUCGAGUCAAGCAUACAAUUUAUUUUAUACUGUUUAUCCAAAGAAAGUCGGUCUACCGACAAAUUCAUCUGGUACAAAAAUCAGUCUCAGUGGAACAUACACGACACAUCGAUUCGCAUGGAGUUCGAAACAGGUGGCAUGGGAAAGUUUACAUGGUUUCACCGAUUCAAAUACAAAUCAAUUUUUCCAAUAUACGACACCGUCGAACUAUCAACAGUACAUGCCCGUGGCCAAUGUUCCACUUCACAUUAAUUUAUGGUUAUUUCAAGGUAAACAACCUAUGGAUGGAAAAGAAGUUGAAAUAGUUGUGCAUAGUUUUAAAUAUACAAAGGUUUAA